AUGUCAUUUCCAAUAUUUCGUAAGACCUCGAUGGGUAUGAGCAUGGACAGUGGAAACACGUCCUUUCUACAUUUUGGCGAUAUUAUCUCAUUUUAUACCGAGGAAAACUCGGAUCUUCGCGGAUUUCUCAGCACAUUAGGCUUAGUCGAUGACCGAUGUAUAGUAGAAUUACAAGAUGGUCGACCGGAGAGUCCACCCAAGAAAUUUAGAGAUUGCCUUUUUAAAGUGUGUCCAGUAAACCGAUAUGCAGCACAGAAACAGUUCUGGACGGAGCAAAAGCGAUUCUUCAGCGGCGAGUCCACAUUUGAUGACGAUAUGAUGCAUAAAUUACGCAUCGCAGCUGAGAAAGAAAAAGAGCAGAAUGAGCUGGAAUUCCGAAAAACGCAGGGAAAUGUCAUACAAUAUGGUACCACUGUGCAAUUGUUACAUGUAAAAUCGGAUAAAUAUAUCACUGUGCAAAAGAAUUCACCAGCAAAAUGCGAGAGGAAUGCCAUGAAGGUCUAUCUGGAUCGAGCGGGUAAUGAAGGCAGUUGGUUUAUUAUCGAACCAGCUUACAAGCACUUCGUCAUAGGAGAUAGUGUAGCCGCAGGCAAUAAGGUAUCUUUGAUACCGUACUGCGUCAACAAUCAGCCAUCAGCUGGUCAUGUCAAGCAUCAGCUGCAUCUUAGUCAUUGUCUAUUAAAGGAUCAUCAGACAGCAGCUGAGGUGAAUUGCUUGAAUGAAACAACAGAAUGGCAAGUGUACAUGUUUCUAUUAUUCAAUGAAAACCAACCGGAUAUUGUAAAAUCGGGAGAUGUGGUCCGCUUAUUCCACGCUGACCAGCAGACUUUCCUUACCCUGGAUGCUGUACCAAAGACUUGCCCACCUCAAGACGUUGUCUUCCUAAGAAUGACCAACCGACCAUCCGCAGCUGAUGCCACUAGUUCUCGCGCCCUUUGGGAAGUGCAGGUGGUGCAAAAAGACGCGUACCGAGGUGGAGCAGCAAAAUGGCGGGAAUAUUACCGUUUCAAACAUUUGGCUACAGACAUGUAUCUUACUGUAGUCCCAGCAUCAUCUCCAUUAAAGCCGGCCGCUAAUGGAAGAAGGGCUAGUCUUAUGCAUAUGAAGACGAAAGCCGAAUUUCUUGCGCCGCCGACACUAUACGCUGAUGGUCCAGAAAGCACAGAAGAGUCCACAUGGUCCACGUACUAUUUGGUGCCAGUAAAGUCCGACUUUCCUGAAUCGGACAAGAAAUUGCUGUUCUGCCUUGAUCCUGGAACAAUGCCAAAAAACAAAGACGUCCCUACCAAGUCCUAUGUUCGUCUACAGCAUGAAGCUACCAGUACAUGGGUUCACGCCACGAAUCCCAGUGAUAAGCAGAAUUUGUACUAUAGCAGCAAGAACGAAAAAGGCUGGGUACGAGUAAUUUGUGAAAAUACCCGGGUGGACAAGGAGACUUUCGCGCUCUUACCAGUUUCACCAAAUGAGGUACGUGACCUGGACUUCGCAAAUGAUGCUUGCAGAGCACUGAGGGAUUUUAUUCGGCAUAUCAAGAGUGGUGAUCCCGUCACGAAAGAGUCGAUCAACGUGACAAUCCAACUACUGGUUGAAUGUAUCUACUUUGUCACUAAUACUUCCAAUCAUAUGAUGGACCCUCUCCAAAUCAACGAUUUUGCCCCAUCGCGAGAUCGUCAAAAGCUUCUACGAGAACAGGAAGUGCUUGACCAGAUAUUCCAACUCCUCAAAGCUCCUUUCAUGCCAAGACAAGGUGUCACGGAAAUAGGUCCACUGCUGAGUUCACCAUCAAAUCUCAGCGAGCAGAGGAAUGAGGUUUUUAAAACGAUGUUUCAGUUGUGCUACAGUUUGCUAAGAUAUUCUCAAGUGAGCUAUAGAAAAAAUCAGGAGUUCCUCGCCGAGAAGUUUGGACAGAUUCAGGAACAAAUUGGUUUUGACCUACUCGCCGAGGAUACAAUGACAGCUGUACUGCACAACAAUCCGAAACUUCUGGAGAAAUAUGUGAAGACACCGCAUAUUGAGCGUUUUGUGGAACUUGUCCGAAACAAUCGCCUUGGAAAAUUCCUCGACUACCUUGCUGAUCUUUGCGUAUGCCGUGGUGAAGCAAACAAGAAAGUGCAGGAGUUGAUCUGCAAUUCUGUACUGAGCGAGAAACAUCGAGACAUUUUCAUGGAGACUAAGUUGAUUGACGAUGAAGUGCACAUUGGCUGGAUAGGUCAGACCCCAAGGCGUCUAGUUGAUGUUGCUGAAGCAGCUACCUACAGUACAAGUGAAUCGGAAUUUUUGGAUUAUUAUAGGCAUCAGCUUGACCUGCUCGCGCAGAUGUGCCAGGAGCAACAAUAUCUUGCCAUAGAUCCACCACCAGAACGGAAAUUAAUGAAUAUCUCGCAGCAACUACCAGCUGAACUGGUUCUGAAAUGUAUGUCCGAUGGGCGGCUACCGUGUGAAGUCCGUGCGUCGUUUACGCGUCUAAUGCUUCAUCUUCAUGUGGUUCGUGGAAGUCCAUUGAGUGCCAUAAGACAUGCUCGACUAUGGGCUGACAUCCCAAAUGAAGUCAGAGUUCAAUCUUAUAAAACCACAUCUGUGGAAGGGUACAGCGACGGAGGAAGAGCAAGAGUUGGGGAACAGUUUGCAAACGAUGUACUCAAUACAGUCGAGAGCUAUCUGGCCUCCUUGAUUGAGCGCCAUUCAUCUGGACCCGUGCUCAAGGAAGAUUCAACAAGCGUUCCCACCAAUAAGCUUACUCAUGAGAUGGUUACUCUUGCGAAAGCUCUCGCCCAAUUUGGAUACUAUACAUUUGACAACUUGUUGACCCUCACGGAAAACCUGCUCAACAUCGUUGACAACAGUCCGCAUUCUGCUCAGACAGCGCGUACCGUAUCCCAUGGAAUGACGAUGAUCCAUCGAGUCACACAAUCCAUGAUUGGUGGCCGAUCUAUGCUGUUGGACGGACCUGCGAAAAGUACGGAGAAAAGUUCCAUAGAGGAUACUGUCAAGACAAAGGAAAGCAAGCAGCUAUUAGUCAAAACAAAACUGAUAGUCGCCGAGAUCUUGCAGUUCGUAAUGGAUGUCCGUCGUGAUUAUCGCAUCACGAUGGCGCUAUCAUGGUUCAAGAGGAACUUUCCAUGUGAUGAACAUGGCGUUUUAAAUCAGACUGCAAACAUCAAUGAACGUAUGGCGCAUGAGCUUUACGAAGCCAUUUAUCAGUCAUCAGGGCAUGAGCUACAUCUUGAUGGAGGAGAUGGACAACUGUUACUAGCUAUCCUUAUGCAGAUGACCAUGUCCGACUAUCCACCCUUGACCAGCAUCGCCCUAAAAGUUCUUUUCCGCCAUUUUACCCAAUAUCAGGAGCUUCUUGAAGAUCUGAAACAGGUUCAACUUCUGGUCUCAUCAGAUGAUGUUGAGAACUAUCGUCAGGUGGAUCGCGAUUUGUUUAUUUUGAAAAAUUUGACGGAAAAAUCUGAGCUGUGGGUACAUGGUGAUCGUCACCAUUCCGUGGAAGGAAAAGAUCAUGAUAAGGACGAUAAGACUCUUCUUUCACUUGAUCGUAUUGUCGGUUUCUUUCAACGAAGUCGCGACUGGAAAGAAAAAGCACAUGAUUUGGCGAGUACAAAAUCGGACUUUGAAGAACACGAACUGAAUACGCCGAAAGCCUUUGCGACGGAUGAAAGCCUGAAAGCAGUGGUUGACAUUAUCGACGAACACUAUCCAAGUAGCCGUAGGGAGUGCUUGAAACUCCUGAAUCAGUUAUUGAUUAGCGAAGAUCGAAACCUAGCCGCUGCUGCACUGCAAGAGUUAAGCGAUCGUACUCCACUGAUAGCAUAUCCAUUGAUUCGCCAGAUUUUGGUCCGUCUGAAGAAACUUUGCUAUAAAAAAGACCGUUGGAACGAGUCGAGACCAGAUAGUAUGAAUCAGCAGCUAUUGAAGAACAUGCGCGUCUACGAAGUUGUUCUGGAAUUUUUGAGCAUACCGUAUGACAAGAAAAACGACGCCGAAAUGCCAAAGCUGAUCACCCUAUCCCAUGAGUUUCUACGCAGUUUUUGCAAGGGUAAUAAAGAAAAUCAGAGUCGAUUGCACAAGUUUAUUUCAAUCGAAAAAGAUGCCAAAGAAGGAAUGCUGAGAGUAGAGACGGUAGAAGAGGCUGCUACAUUGGUAGCGAUAUUCAGACACAAUCGUGAACUCGCCAGUAAUGUCUCGGAAGAUCUAAUAGCACAUAUCGUAAACCUUAUAGAGCACAAGUCAAGAAAUGCUGUGUUUCUGGAGCUGCUUCAAUCUUUGGUCUGCAUUCAUGACAAAGAGGUAGAAGCCACACAAGACAAAGUGGCCACGGAGAUAUGUACUGCUUCUGACGAAGUUCGUUCCCUCUACGUCGACAACGCUUCAUUUGAACAACUCGAGCAAAUGAUGCAGCAAGCUCCUCCUUAUCUUGAUAAUACGCAUCCUUUGAAGUACCAUAUUGAGUUGGUCAGGCUAUUAGCGUUAUGCACGAGAGGAAAGAACGGGAGCACUGAGCUGAAGUGCGCUUCAGAAAUUCCUAUGGAUCACAUUGUGAGGGUAGUAACAUCGCCGUCCUGUCUAAUAGAGGUGAAAAUGGCUUACUUCCAAUUUCUGCUCCAUUGCUAUAUCGAUACAGAUGCGGAAAUGAAAGAUGCAUACAAACCCGAGUAUGUCGAUGCGCUUUUGCACAACAUGCUGGUGGAUGUUCAGAAGCUCCAAAACGAACUUGCAAAAAUGACUUUAACUUCGACUUGUGCAGUUCUGGAACAAUACAUCUGUUUGACCGUAACCGAGAUAUUGCUGAAGUUUUUCGAGAAGCCCUACAGUGAAGCGGCAAAGGUUGACAUACAUGCACACAAGAAGAUGUUCACUGCUUUGCUGCAGCACCUAAGCGCCCUACAUGCUGGGAGCUUGAAGAGAUCGCAGUCGCCGAAGCACUGGUAUCGCGUCGAUCAAUGCAUCAAGAGGUUAAGGAAGUGGGCCGAAGAGAACAAUAUCGCUCUACCAGCAAGUGUAAAUAUGCCACCGUUCUCCACUGCUCCUACUCCAAAACAGCGUUGGCAGUGUGCUGCGAACUCUGCGAGAUUUAUUGGACAGCAAACUCUGAACCUUCGCAAUCGCGCCAACUCUCUGAUGACUGGAUUUGGACCUUCAAACCCAAACGAGAAAGUGGCAAAUGUCGUCACAUGCUAUCAUAUGAUGAUUGGAGAGUUCAAGUUUUAUCUACUUCCGUUGCACUCAGCAGAAGGCAGUGUACUUGUGGAUGUUUUGCAUGCACCCAAUCUGUUGUUCCCUGUUGGUUCUACUCUUCGCGAAAAAUGCGCCAAAGGGGCGGUAGUGACAAAGCUCAUACAACACUGCAAGACUUUGAUGCAAAACAAGCAAGAUAACUUGUGUACGCGCGUGCUUCAAACACUUUGUCGGAUGUGUAGCGAUUCCAAGCAGAAUCUCACAGAAAACAAAGGGCGAUUUUCGAUGCGCAGCCAUCGAUUGGGACAGAAAUUACGAUCAAAACUUCUACAAAGGUACUUUGGUGCGCAUGGAUAUCUUGAAAGACAGCAAUCAGUUAGCGACGAUGGAAACAAAUCUUCUACUCAAGCAGAAAAGGAUUACGAAGCUCCAGUAGAUGAACGAUCGUUAUACGAAAUCCAAUGCCGUUUGAACGAUGCUGGUGCCUCUGACUUAAUUAUUGACAUCAUCACAAACGAGCCAAGUCGUGAAAUCUUCCUGAAGGCGAUACAGCUUGCUAAAGCCUUGUUACUCGAGGGUAACGACAAGGUUCAACAAUCAUUCUAUGAGCGUUUGAGAAAAAAAGACACUCAUGAACCUUUCUUCAAAGCCUUGUCUCAGCGUAUUCAAACAGCACAAAAUCGUCUGAAGAGCGACAUGAUGUCGUGUAGUGAAAGCAAACCAAAAGGAGUGUACUCCGCUAAUGCCAGUAGACGAUGCACACCACGUCACAGUUUUUCUGGCGCAUCGACGCAAACUCCAGUCUAUGGCAAUCUAAUGCUCCACAGACACAGUGUGCAACUUUACAUACCUUCUACGAUCUUGACACCUGUUCUGGAGCAUGGACAUCUUCCUUUCCCUAAUCUGUUUGAUGCGAACCACAUGAGACAUCCAUCCUUGUCAGAAAUUUCCAACCAUUCACAUGAAAUGACUGCAAGUGUUCCCGAUCUCUCCCCGUACCAAGAAGAAGAAAGGACAAAUGACGCUCUUCCGUCUGAGGUCUCCAUAAUUGAACCAAUCUUACGGGUGCUUCAACUUCUGUGCGAAAAUCACAACAGCCUCCUCCAAAACUUCAUCAGAAGACAGUCCGAUCGGGCCAACCACAACUUAGUAGCUGAAACACUUAGUUUUCUUGAUACAGUUUGCGGUUCUACGAAAGGAAGUCUAGGCGUAUUUGGUGAAAUUGGAGAACAUAACUUCAGUCUAAUUACCCAGACGCUGGCAACGCUCACUGAAUUCUGCCAGGGACCAUGCCACGAGAAUCAGAAUACGAUGGCGAUGCAAGAAAAUGGAUUGAAUAUCAUCAUCUCAUUAGUGCUUAAUGAUAUCAAACCACUUGCUGAUGAUCACAUGGAGUUGGCACUGGAGAUUAAGAGCCAGGCUUCAAAGUUGCUUCUAGCCAUAAUGGAGUCACGACACGAUAGCGAGAAUGCAGAACGUGUGUUACAAAAUAUGGAUAAUACUGAUGGAGGUCCCCGUCAACUGGUGCAUGCUAUAACACAAGCCUAUGAGAUGGCUCACUCAAAACAGUAUGAGAUCAACAUCAUGAAGAAGGAACUUCUGCAAGGCUCGAAUAUACAAGAUCGACCUAGAAGUAUCAUAAGCCCAUCAAUAAAAACGGAAGGAGCAACACUGCCAGAAAUAUCUGUCGAUUCCUCUGGUACAGUUUCCAUACAUGAUGAAUCCAAAAGUGCGAUAAAGUACGUGUACGACGAAGCUUGUAGUGUGGAUCCGAAAGAGGUUGGACACAACAUCUACAUCCUCGCCUAUCAGCUUGCAAGACAUAGUCCAGAGUUGGCAAGCUGUUUAGAGGGAGAUGGGAAGAAUUCCAGUAAAACCAAUAAUGCUCUGGAGUUCUACAAAACACAUACUGCGCAGAUCGAGAUAGUGCGCAAAGAUCGUACAUUGGAGAGAGUUGUGUUUCCAAUUCAUGAAGUUUGUUCAUUCCUUACCAAGGAAACAAAACAAAAUGUAUAUUACAAUACGGAACGAGACAAUCAGGGCUCAAAAGUGACCGAAUUUUUUGACCAGUGGCCUGCACUGUACGAGGAGAUGAAAUGGCAGCGUAAACUACAAGACCGACCAUACCUAUCUGCGUGCACCCAGCGAUUGCGAUUAUGGGGUCGUUUAGCUUUCUUAUUCGCCGUCCUAGUCAAUACCAUUAUUGCUCUCUAUUAUCCAUUCGAAAAAGCUGACACGGGUCUAUAUGCGUCAAAUCCUUUCAUGUACACAUCGAUGAUAAUUUCUAUAAUAUUUCUGUAUUCACAAUGGGAUGAAAACUCAUCAUUAGCGAAAAGUUCAAAUAUAAUCACGGCUAUAGCAGCUGUGAUGUUCAGUGUGGCAAUAUCUCUUAUUUCGCUUUUUGGCGUCGUGCCAGCUCUGUAUCUGAUAGGCUUAGCACAACUUGCUAAUAAGUGCGUACAUUUGGUGGCCUACAUUAGCAAUAAAGGAUUGGAGGACAAGCCUUGGUCUAUACGAAUGUCGGACGCCGAGCUACAUUAUCAUAUUUUUUAUCUAGUCAUUUGUUGCUUAGGCCUCCUAAUUCAUCCCAUGCUUUAUUGCAUUUUGCUGUUCGACAUUGUUGCGAGUGAGGAAACCUUGCGGAACGUGAUUAGUUCCGUUACCAGAAAUUGGCAAUCAAUCAUCCUCACUGGGCUUUUAGCACUGAUCCUCGUUUACGUCUUUUCUAUAGUCGGUUACACAUUCUUCCAGAGAGAUUUCGUUCGCGAAGUAGAUCGCCUUGAGCCGGAACAAGCACAUUCACUUUUUGUAAGAGACCCUAAUGCAAAGACAUGUGCAGCUGAUGGUGAAUGUCCGAAACCAGCAGUCGCUAAGGAAGAGAAGAAGGAUGAGGAAGAAAAGAUACCUUCAUGUGAGACAUUGCGCAUGUGCAUCAUCACCACAUUGAACUGGGGGCUAAGAAAUGGAGGAGGUAUCGGUGAUGUGCUGAGGAGUAUCGGUCCUGAGGAGGCUUUGUUCUACUAUCGGAUCAUAUACGACCUAUCCUUUUUCGUUGUAUUGAUCGUUAUCGUACUGAAUCUCAUUUUUGGUGUGAUCAUAGACACUUUUGGCGAUCUGAGGACUGAAAAGAAUGACAAGGAAGAUAUAUUGAAAAAUACUUGCUUUAUCUGUGGAUUAGAACGCGGAAAGUUUGACAAUCGAUCGACGACCUUCGAGGACCAUCAGGCCGAAGAGCACAAUCUUUGGCACUACCUCUAUUUCAUUGUUUGGCUUCAAAUAAAGGAUGAGACUGAGUUUACGGGACCUGAGAGCUACGUAGCGCAGUGCAUUAAGGACCGUAACUUGGAUUGGUUCCCGAGAAUGCAAGCCAUAUCCCUCCAAGACGGCAGCAAUGAGACGGAUCAACCUGAAAUCGUGGCGAUACGGGAACAACUUCGACAGCAAAACCAAUCCAUCAGAGAGUUGACAUCUACUAUAGAUGACCUGAGACAGUUCAUUCUGGAAAUGCGAGGAUAGGUAGAGGAGACUGGACCUUCAGCGUGUGAAAAUCACCAACAACAAAGUAGGAGCUAUAUCUACAAUGGACAUCCAUGAUCUUGCGGUUUGCUCUAUGUGCCUUGUGAUGAGAUACGUGUAUGGAUUAUGUCUAUGCACUAAGUUAUUCACUUUGUUAUUGACACAUUAUUUGUUCACGUAUUGUACAUACAUAAUAUUUGUUGAAAUGUAUACAGAUCCCAUAAAGAGAUUAUUUGUG